UAAUGGGUGAGGUAGUACCAAAUCAAUUAUUUGUUGCUGGCUAUAGUCGUAACAAAAUAUCUGAUGAUAAGGGAAUCAAAGACAUAUUUAAGAAAUAUGGAAAUAUCAAGGAGGUUGCCUACAAAGGUGCAUAUUCAUUUGUUGUAAGAACUAUAUUCUCUAUAUUAGACAUUCUCCUCUGAAUCUGAAGCUUAAAAUGCUAUAUCUGCUCUGAAUGGAUAAUAAAUUAAUGGAUAAAAGCUGAAAGUCGAUAUAGUGGACAAUCGUAAAGGUAGACGUAAUGGUCCUUAAGAGAAUGAUGAAUGUUUUAAAUGUGGAAAAGGUGGUCAUUGGUAUUACUUUUAACUUAUUCUAGGGCUAGAGAAUGUCCCAAUAGACAAUCACCUACUAGAAGAACAAAAUAUUCUGAUUCAAGAUCAAGGUAUUUAAAUUAAUUAUAUUGUGAGACAUCGAAGAUCAAAGAGAUCAAAUUCAAGAUCUCGUUCAUAUUCUUCUUAUUCAUCUUCUCAUUCAAGAAGGAGAAGGGAUGCAAAGAAGAGAAGUAGGUACAACAGAAGAAGUAGAAGCCCAAGAAGAGAUAAUAAGAGAAAGAAAAGUUCCAGUUGCAGAAGAUCACAAAGCAAUUCAAGGUCCAGAUCUUCAGUUAGCAAUAAAUAACGUUAGUCACAUAAGUCAUCAUCAUCUAAAUGAGAAAGGAUCAAAU